AUGAAGACCACUUGGAAGGAUAUUCAGCCUGUUCCGACGUCUCAGGAAUUCCUGGAUAUUGUGCUGAGUCGGACACAGCGACGACUGCCGACCCAGAUCCGCUCCGGAUUUCAGAUAAGCAGAAUCAGAAACUUCUACACUAGAAAGGUGAAAUUUACACAAGAAACUUUCACUGAGAAGCUUUCUCUCAUCCUUGACGGAUUCCCACGCUUACAAGAUAUCCACCCUUUCCACAAAGAUCUCCUCAACACCCUCUAUGAUGCAGACCACUUCCGAAUAGCCCUCGGCCAACUCUCGACCGCAAAACAUCUGAUUGAGAUUGUUUCCCGCGAUUAUGUCCGACUUCUCAAAUAUGCGCAAUCCCUCUUCCAGUGCAAGCAGCUCAAACGUGCUGCAUUGGGUAGAAUGGCCACGAUUUGCCGAAGAUUGAAAGACCCCCUCCUCUACCUCGAUCAAGUUCGACAGCAUCUUGGUCGACUCCCCUCAAUCGACCCAAAUACUAGAACCCUCCUUAUCUGCGGGUAUCCUAAUGUUGGAAAAUCCAGUUUCUUGAAGAGUGUUACAAGAGCAGAUGUUGAUGUGCAGCCAUAUGCCUUCACAACGAAGAGUUUGUUCGUUGGACAUUUCGACUAUAAGUACCUUCGAUUCCAAGCGAUUGAUACCCCUGGUAUUCUAGACCACCCUCUCGAGGAAAUGAACACCAUUGAAAUGCAAUCUAUCACCGCAAUCGCCCAUCUCCGGUCGGCAAUCCUCUAUUUCAUGGAUCUCUCGGAGCAGUGCGGAUAUACAGUUCAAGCACAAGUGCAGCUAUUCCAGAGCAUUAAGCCUCUAUUUGCCAAUAAGCUCGUCUUCAUCGUCAUCAACAAGAUCGACGUUACUCGACCCGAAGAUCUGGAUGAGGAAACACAAGCACAGGUUCAAGGUCUGCUGAAAGCCGGAGAUGUCGAGAUGCUUCAACUCUCGUGCACCACAAGCGAAGGUGUUCAAGAAGUCAAGAACGCAGCAUGCGAGCGUCUAAUCGCAGACCGGGUAGCUCAAAAACUGAAGGCGGGAACGAGCAGCAGCGGUGCCGUUGGUGGCAGACUUGGAGACGUUCUCACUCGAAUCCACGUCGCCAGACCAAUGGAUGGCAUUGUUCGCGAACCCUUUAUCCCCGAGGCUGUGAAAAACAUGAAGAAAUACGACAAGAACGACCCUAACCGCAAGAAGCUCGCCCGGGAUGUCGAGGAAGAGGAAGGUGGAGCGGGUGUCUAUAAUGUUGACCUCAAAGAUAAAUACAUUCUCGAGAACGACGAGUGGAAGCAUGACAAGAUCCCUGAAAUCUUCGAUGGCAAGAAUGUUUAUGAUUUCAUUGAUAAAGAUAUCGAGGCUAAGCUUGCGGCGUUGGAGGAGGAAGAGGAGAAGUUGGAGGCGGAGGGUUAUUACGAUUCCGACGAGGAGCUAGAAGAUGCCGAGGAUGCGGAUAUCAGAAUGAAGGCCGACAUGAUCCGCGAGAAGAGAAUUCUGAUCCGCAACGAGGCGAAGAUGAAGAAGUCGCUCAAGAACCGGGCAAUCAUCCCCCGUACCGCCACUCGCAAGAAGUUGACGGAUAUGGAGGAUCACCUUGAUUCGCUGGGUCUCGACACUACUGCAAUCGGAGUGCGAGCACGUUCGCAAUCUAGAGGGAGAAGUCAACUACGCAGUCGAACCGGCACGGAAGAUGUCAUGGAUGUCGAUUCCCCUGAUUAUGAGGCGAAGAUGCGUGCGAAGAGCAGAGCCAGAAGUCAGAGCAAUAGACGGGAUGACGGUGUUACGAACGAGACUGCUAGGACGAAAGCGGAGAGAGCACAGAAGUUGAGUCAGAGGAAGAUGAACAGAAUGGCGAGACAGGGUGAGGCGGAUAGACAUGUUGCUGCUGCUAUGCCUAAGCAUUUGUUCUCUGGCAAGAGAGGCAUGGGGAAGACGAACAGUCGUUAG